CGCCCUGCCUCUGUCUCUUCUCUCGGCGGUUUCGAGCUCCGUCGGCGCAUUCCCCGGCGUGCCGUUCUUUCAGGCCGUAUGUCUUAAAACCGGCGAAAACAACGCCGGCCGCUAACAGACGCUUUUCACUUGCGCCGACUGCGUUGGCGUUCCCGCGUGACGUCUUCUCGUUGAAAGUGCUGCCUUCGUGCCGCCGCUAAUUGUUCCACCGACAGCUGUCGAUAGUCGAACAAGAGCCGUACACUCUGAAAAGGUGCCGCAAAUUAAUCCUCUGGUAGACACGCGAUGGAUAUCCGCGGCAAGUGAAGCUGCACGCUGCGUGUCCGUGUGGCCGUUCUGAUGCGUGUCUCCUGGCAGUGAUCCGUUUACAACGGCAGCAUGGACAGGACGACUUCUCAGCUAUAGGAAAACUGGAUAAGAUUUUGUACUCCAGGAACGACAUCUGCACUCAGCGUCGGAUUUCACUGUACCGACACUAACGGCACUGCCAACACAAGCAGCGAAGCUAGCGUGCCACCGGAGGCGAUGAGCUCGCGGUCAUGGCGACAGCUGCCUUGGACCGUGGGUAUCAAUCUGGUUGCAUUCGGGGCACACCUGUGCGCCUGCGGAUGCUUUGUCUACUUGCCGCCCAUGCUGCGAAAGGCCGGAUUCUCGGAAAAGGCACGCGGAGUGAUCUUGGGCAUGGGCCCCUUCCUGUGCAUCCUGGGUGUACCGCUCGUGGGAGCCUGGAGCGACCGGUGUCGCUCGCGGCUGGGGCGCCGGCGACCGUUCCUCCUGGGCCUUGGUGCGCUUCUCAGCCUCGCGCUGGCAGCCAUUGCGUUUGCCGACCUCAUCUUUGCCCCUUCUGCGCACGGCCCCGUGCUGGCGGUGGCCACCAUUGUCCUUGACUUCGCUACGCAGGCGUUGCUGAAUCCGUCUCAGUCGCUGCUUUACGAUCUGGUGGCGGAUGUGGACUAUGGAUUCUCAGUCUACUCAUUCUCGCUUUCCCUGGGUGGCCUAUUCGGGUACCUGCUGAGCGCGCUCGACUGGACCGGCACGGCCCUGGGAAACGCGGGACAGGAGCGUGCCGUGUUUUUGCUCAUGCUGGUCGCACUCAUCACGUGCCUGGCGGUGACGUCUGUGUUGGCCAAGGAAAAGCCGUUGCCCCCUGUCAAACCGACGGAAAGCAUGGCGAAUGGGGACGCCAUGCGUUCGCUGCCGCCAAGCACCCUCGUCAUUCUGGACAAGGGGCCUCAAGGUGGUGUCACCGAUAAUGGUCUACCCGUCACCUGCAAUGGCAACGCCCCCACCAUUGGUGAACCAGGUACACCAUCGCACAACCACAGCCCAUUGCAUAGCUCUGGCGUGUUUAUAACGUGGCACCACGUGGGAAGCAGCAAGGCCAAGGCUAGUCCGGCCAAGGUAGUACGCGCGCUGUCGUCAGCCCUCCUGGUGAUUGUGUGCGAGGCCUUCUGCCGUGUGUUCGUCGUGCUUCCUGCACGUGCCGUUUCUUGCCUAAGUCGCAUCCCAAGCAGCCUGCGUCGCCUCUUCGUCUUCCAGCUGCUCGCCUGGAUGGCCUUGUUUGCGCACUAUGUCUACUUCACAGACUUCACGGGUGAGGUGGUUUAUCAUGGAAGGCCCGAAGAGACUGCCAGUAAUGACGACCGUUCCCGCUAUGAUCGUGGUGUUCGAGCUGGCUCUUGGGGACUGCUAGUCAACUGCAUUGCCUCAUCCGCGUACUCCCUGACCAUCCAGUGGCGGGUGACGAGUCGUUUCGGCCAGCGAUUCGGCCUACUGCUUGGCAUGGGCACAUUCGCCGCCGCGAUGCCCGGCCUGCUUCUAUUCACCGACUUGGCCAGCAUGCUCUCACUGUCUGCCAUGACGGGCAUCGCGACUGCGGCCCUAGACUCCAUUCCAUAUGCGCUCGCUUGCCUCUACUGCGAGAACAGUCAGGAGUAUUUCAAGGGAUCUCGGUACACGCCCGGUGUGGGACAGUGCCUAGCACUGCUGGCCACGGCUGAGUACUUGUCCCAAGUGAUCCUCACGCCCCUCAUGGGCUGCAUCUUUUCGGCGACCCACACCGUGGCGUCUUACGUCGCCGUUGCCGUAGUGUGUGCUCUCGCGUCAUGCUAUGCAUCCACGUUCAUCGCAUGUCCCUCUCCGAAGGACACCUCAUGACGUCAGGAGCAAUCAAUUAUGGCCACAAGAGCAGAAGGAACCGGGCCCGUCGCUCAGCCAGUGCCCCUGUCUCUACAGAAAGGCAUCGACAGCUGCGCCGCACUAUGAACAGCCCAGUGCUGACAUCCUGUGUGUUGACCACUGACUCGAGACUGCACCAGAAAAUGGAAAACAAGCAACCUUGGCGUCGAGUUCUCAGUGCACUUGUGCUCUUCCCGCGUGCUGUGCUCUAUCUAGCCGUCCAUUGGCAAAACUUUUGCACCCACCCGCUCGAGAUCAUGCAGCCGUUGCAGACAAUAUAUGGUGUGUGACACGCAAAUUAGUCUCACGGCCCAACGAAAGUGUCUGAAUAACAGCGAUAAUUUUUCCAACAAUGCUCAAUAUAUGGAUAGUAGCAAAGCCUAGUAUUAAGACGUGCAAUGUUCUGUGAAAGGUUUGUUGCUGUCGGCAUCGCAUGUGACAUUAUUUUGUGCAACAUGCGUUUGGCAUAUUGGCCCAAUGAAGGUGUGUUGAAGAACAAUGCAUGUUAUUUCCAAAAAUGCUCAACGUCCAAUCAGCAUUUAUAUAACACAUUCCUUAUGAAAUUUUUCGAACUGACUUCUUAGUGGAUAUUGUAUUCUCUAGCAACGUGAGCUUCCACUUUCCUGCGAUGGUAUUUUGCUACAGAUGCAAAUGCAGUUCUCAAAAACAGAGACACUGGGUAUAAGUCUGUCUUCUGACAGCGGGAAGUCGUUGUGUGUAUGCUGGAUGACUGAAAAACGCUCAUAAAAGAUCAUAUGAAUGUCUUUACAACUGAAGCUGGCUCAAGCAGCGGUACUCAAAACAGGACAGUGACGUUCUUGCUGGUGUACUAUUACGCCCUCAUGUUGAACUUUGAUGCUGGAACCAGUCUUAGCUUGGAAUGGACCAAUAACGCUGAAUACCAUUUGCCUUCACCACACCAUAUUGCUUUGUCAUCAUCAGAUGGCAUUUUUCUUCUUUUGCAUCGAGCCACGAUCGCCUGAAAGUGCUCACUCUGUUAUGGCCUCUGAACAUUGCUUGUUGUUUCUCUCUAAUAUUAGUGUCAGCAACAUACUUUGGAAACCAUAAUCUAGAUUUUUUUCGAACUGGUGUGACAGUUUGAACGUGACUACAUCUCUGCUCUGCGAAGGGCAAAAGAUCAGAAACACACCCUGUGACACACUUGAUAAAUAUUGUGUUGCAGAUUUUCUUAUAUAUUCAGAUUGCAUUGAGUAUUAAGUUCGUGCAUACAACGUAGAGCGUCUUAGCACCAGACGGCACAUAAGCAUAACCAUGAACAUUUUUAUGGUUGCGACUGUUGUGCGCUUCUCUAGCUACUCAAAUAUAAAACCGAAAUAAAGGUUUUGUAGAGACGGCGUUCUGCAUUUAGAUGCUCCUACACAAAUAUUUGCUUGAAGUAUUGAACAGGCUUCAGGCAAGAAGUGUCUGUGAUAUUUGCCACUAGCUACCAAGCCUACUGUGCUCUUCGGCAUCAUAUUCUCUUUCUUGUAAUUUUCUUUUGCAAAUACUUUGUCGAAGAAAGCCUUUUAGCAGGCUUUCAAUGUUAUUUUUGUUUCAGUGUUUUCGGUUAGAUGUUUAAGAUAUACCAAUGUGUGUGAAACUAAGUGCUCAACUGUAUUUCUUGGUAAACACCAAUAAAAGGUGCGCUGAUGAACAUACGUAAAGUGA